UCACCACUUAGCACAGUUUGAGUCAAACAAGGAGAGAACACCAAGCCAUGAGACCCUGGUGAAACACUGCGGAUCACAAAGAUACAUGUUGUACAACUUUAGUGGAUUUUUCAAAAAAAAUUCAGUUUGCUUGAACAAUGAAGAAUCUCUCGUUGCCCUUGACUGAACGUGAAAUGCUUCUCAAGCACAGCAGAAUGGGGGCUACUACGAACAGGACUGGAGAAGCAGAGAUAAACCUGGGCAAACCAACCAGGGAUGAGGAGUUGGCCAAAACGGUGCUCGUUGCUCUUUCUGACAGCCGCCGUGGGCAACUGCCUGCUGAUCAGGUCUCUGUGGGACAGAAGGAAAUGCAUGUAUGCUUUCCUAAUGCACCUCAGCAUUGCUGAUCUGGUAGUUGCGGUCUUUCAGGUCCUGCCCCAACUGGUGUGGGACAUUACUGAGAUCUUCCUGGGUCUGGACACCCUGUGCAGAGCUGUCACCUACCUGCAGCUGGUGGGAAUGUUGGCCUCCAGCUACACAUUAUUGGUGAUGAUCAUGGACAGGUUUCAGGCGGUCUGCUACCCCAUGGUCACCUUUCAGAAGAGAAGGACUUUCUGGAAUGGGGCCACCUGCACCAGUUGGGCCAUGUCGUUGCUGCUGAGUCUCCCCCAGGUUUUCAUUUAGUCCAAGAAAGAGAUGGCCCCAGGGGUUUUGCAGUGCUGGGCUAACUUCAUCCAACCCGAGGUCUCGAGGCAUUUAUGACUUGGAUAUUUUUAAUCAUUUUCUUUGCCCCACUGUGGUCUUCACCAUCUGUCAGAUGAAGAUCUGCAGGGCCAUCUAGAUGAAUAUUCAUGUCAAAACGUGCCAAGAUGACCCACAGAUGGGAGGGAGUGUUCUCCAGAGCCACCAACAUCAACCACGUCUCGAAUGUGAUGAAUAAAACAGUGA